ACCGACGAGCUCUGGUCUGUGCUGUCUGUGUGGCUGGUGUGAGGCUCUGGACUGAUGUCUCUGCCUGUCAGGAAUUUAAAGUGUCUCUCGCCGGUCAUGUGCCAGUGUAAGGUCAUCUGCAGCAACCGGACCCUCUCUCUCAUGUUCGGGUGUAAGAAGUACAGGUACCAGGAUGAGGAGACGCCCCCCUUGGAGCACAGUCCAGCACAUCUGGCUCCAGGGAAAAGUGCCGAGAUGCUUCAUAUGAGUGACAAGAACCUUGCUGCCAUGGAGGCCAUACAUGGCUACACACCACAUACACAUAUCUCUCCUGUCAAGCCUGUGUUGAUGUCUACGGGACACACUCCAAUGUACACCUCUGCUGUUUCCACACUGGGAAACACUCCUCCAGUGGUGGUGAACACUGACACACUCGAUGGCUCCCCAUAUGUGAAUGGGACAGAAGGGGAAAUCGAGUAUGAGGAGAUCACACUGGAGAGAGGUAACUCAGGCCUUGGCUUCAGCAUAGCAGGGGGAACAGACAACCCACACGUGGGCGAUGACCCCAGCAUCUUCAUCACCAAAAUCAUACCUGGAGGAGCCGCAGCUCAGGAUGGACGACUGAGUGUGAAUGACUGCAUCUUAUUUGUGAAUGAUGUUGACGUGAGGGAGGUGACACACAGCCAAGCUGUGGAGGCCCUUAAGGAGGCAGGUGCUAUUGUCCGCCUCUAUGUCCUCCGCAGAAAACCAGCAGCAGAGAAAGUCACUGAAAUCAAACUCAUCAAAGGGCCUAAAGGAUUAGGUUUCAGCAUUGCUGGAGGGGUGGGAAACCAGCACAUACCAGGAGAUAACAGUAUCUAUGUCACCAAGAUCAUUGAAGGCGGAGCGGCUCAUAAAGAUGGCCGUCUGCAGAUCGGGGACAAGAUCUUAGCGGUGAACAAUGUGUGUCUGGAGGAUGUGAUGCAUGAGGAUGCGGUGGGGGCUCUGAAGAACACAGCCGAGGUGGUGUACCUCAGGGUGGCCAAGCCCAACAACCUGUUUCUGACCAACUCCUAUAACCCACCAGACCUCACCAGCACAUAUUCCCAUAUGGACACUGAACUCAGCCACCCCAACUAUCUUGGAUCAGAUUACCCACAAGCUCUCACUCCCACCUCACCUAGUCGGUUUUCUCCUGUUCUGCACGGCAUGAUGGGUGAUGAUGACAUUCCCCGGGAGCCUCGCAGAGUUUUGAUCCACCGAGGCUCCACAGGCCUGGGAUUCAACAUUGUUGGAGGAGAGGACGGAGAGGGAAUAUUUAUCUCUUUCAUUCUGGCAGGGGGGCCAGCUGACCUCAGCGGAGAGCUGCACAAGGGCGAUCAGAUCCUCAGCGUGAACGGCGUGGACCUGCGUAUGGCCACACAUGAACAGGCAGCUGCCGCACUGAAGAACGCUGGCCAGACGGUGACCAUCAUCGCUCAGUACAGACCUGAUGAAUACAGCCGCUUUGAGGCCAAGAUCCAUGACUUGAGGGAACAGCUGAUGAACAGCAGCAUGGGCUCUGGGACCACAACGCUAAGGAGCAACCCAAAGAGAGGCUUCUACAUCAGGGCUCUUUUUGACUAUGACAAGACUGCAGACUGUGGCUUCCUCAGUCAGGCACUGGGCUUCAAGUUUGGGGAUGUGCUGCAUGUGUUGGACUGUGGAGACGAGGAGUGGUGGCAGGCCCGCAAGGUCAGCCCCCAGAAUGAGGCUGAGGAGGUCGGCUUCAUCCCCAGCAAGCACAGGGUGGAAAGAAAAGAGUGGUCUCGUGUGAACACCAAAGAGAGGGACCAUGGUCGAGACACCUUGAGCACUCAAGGGAGAGAUAGAGAUAAAACCUCACACAGCUAUGAGACAGUCACCCAAGUGGAAGUUCAUUAUGCAAGGCCCAUCAUCAUUCUGGGCCCUGUGAAAGACAGGAUAAAUGAUGACUUGUUGUCUGAGUUCCCUGAUAAGUUUGGAUCUUGUGUCCCACACACCACGCGGCCCAAGAGGGAGUAUGAGGUGGAUGGGCGGGACUAUCAUUUCGUGUCGUCACGGGAACAGAUGGAAAAGGACAUCCAGAGCCAUCGGUUCAUUGAGGCAGGCCAGUACAACAGUCAUCUGUAUGGCACCAGUGUCCAGAGUGUUCGCGAGGUGGCUGAGCAGCAGGGGAAACACUGCAUCCUGGAUGUAUCUGCCAAUGCUGUGCGCAGACUACAAGCAGCUCAGCUUCAUCCCAUUGCCAUCUUUGUACGGCCCAAGUCACUGGAGAAUGUCCUAGAGAUCAACACUCGCCUGACAGAGGAGCAGGCCAGGAAAGGAAUGGACCGAGCCCUCAAGCUAGAACAAGACUUCCUAGAGUGUUUCUCAGCUGUCGUGGAAGGGGACAGCUUUGAAGAGGUCUAUCACAAAGUAAAGACAGUGAUCGAGGAGCAAUCAAGGCCUUACAUCUGGAUCCCCACUCGGGAGAGGCUGUGAUGCUGCACCCGCCCCGCCACCCCUUCCUCACAACCACCAUCCAACACCACCCUUCACCCUCACAGCCAAGCCAGCCUCGCCUGCCUGUCUGUCCUCCAGCAAAGUCAGUGCUUAGGCAAUCACUGAGAAUGACACAGAGAGACAAGUGCAUACUAAGACAAACACAGAGACAAACACAGGAAGUGACACAGCCAGGCAAAGAACGAUACCAAAAAAGAGACUCUGAGACAGAUGUGAACACAGUGAUGUGUAAUUAGACUGAAAGAGACUGGGAGAAAAGACUUAAUCAGUAUUCCACUUUAAUGAGGCAGAGUAUUGAGACCCUGUUCACACUUAGCAUUAAAAUGCAUCUUGGCCAAGUGGACAGCUCUAAAUACAGCUGUGACUGCACCCGAGAGAGGCGACACAGAUGUCCUGAACGCAAGCUGAUUUAGGGCUGCCAAACAACUUCGGGUGUGAUGGGUGUUUCUUCCGUGGAGAUGCAGUUGCAGCUUCUCGACCAAUAAGAGUAAGUAAGUCCAAUCACAAGCGAUUACUUGAGAAAUUUCUGUCACAUUCUGGUGCCAGGUGUGAACUUCAGUCUGUGUCGUCUGGAUCUCAGCACAGUCUGGAUAUAUCUGGACAUUAGGUUCGAACAGGGCUUGAAAGCAAGAAGAGGGUGAGCCAGCAGGGAUGGACCCCGAUGUAGUAUUAAGACCACCCACCCUCCCCACCUCCCCUCAAGUCUCAGUCUCCUAUUGAACACCUCCACGCGCCUAUGUCUGAGACGGAGGUGCCCAAAAAGACAAUUGCCCCUCUUUUUAUAUCACCUCCUCCUCCUCCUCCUCCUCUCUGUCAGCUGUGUCUCGUUUCGGGACAGGAAGGGGGGGCGACUGAGAACGGGGCACCCACAUCCUGCUGAGUCCCUCUUGAUGAGGAGUCUUUUCUCAGCAAAGAGUCCUUUUUCUUGUUGAUCUCCUCUUGGUUCUGAGAGUGAACUCAGAAUAACACCUCAGUGACCAAGACUGACACUUGCCCAAUAAUCCUAUGUUGAAUAUUGAAAGGCAUUAUUUAAAAGCAGUUUGAAUAAUUAUAAUGAUAAAAACUCAUAUGCUGAAUUUGUGCAUGCAUCCUCAGAGACUAUGGAGACAAAAACAAUGGAAAAAUCCCACUUAAAAAAGAAAGGCGUAGAAGUAGGGUGUGUUCUCCUUCUCCGCCUCCUUAUCGUGAAGGAGUUUUUUAGCAUGUCUCACAAAGGAAGAAGCGAAGGUGAGAGAC